CACAUCGAUUUGAAUUUUCCAGUGAUCAGCUUCUUGUCGUCAUGGAUUCGCUCGAUCAAAAAACGCCUAGUUACAUGGUCUACUGUGUUAUAGUAGCCUGUCUCCAAUCCUUUGCCAACGGUUAUGUUAUUGGUUCUCCCAACGUUCCAGGUGAAGCCACACACAAUUGCCCCACAGGCAAUGCCCAUAUCUUCAACAAAUCAUUUCCCGAUUGUUUGCCCAUGUCUCCCUCCCUUUGGGGUUUUGCCGUCUCAUCAUUCUGUGUGGGCGGUUUAGUAGGCAGUAUGGUGGGCGGGCCCAUGCAAGUCAAGCUCGGUCGUAAAAAGUCUAUCAUUCUCAAUACGGUGGGCUUCAUCGUUGGUGGUGCAUUGAUCUCCGUCUCCGUGAACACAGCAAUGUUUAUCGUUGGCCGUCUGCUCAGCGGUGUUUCUUGCGGUCUGGGGUCACUUGUCGUUCCCACUUACAUUGGUGAAGUUUCAACCGUCCGUUCCCGUGGUAUGAUGGGCACAUGUAAUCAGUUUGGUAUUGUCAUUGGUAUCUUGCUUGCUUCGGUGAUUGGUUUGCCGUUGGCCACGGUACCCUUAUGGCGUGUCAACUAUGCUAUUGCUGCGGUUCCCGGUAUUGCGCAAUUCUUUUUGAUGUCUACCUGCGUCGAUUCUCCCCGUUGGUUAGUUUCCAAGAACCGAAUCGAUGAAGCCAGACAUGCCUUGCAGCGACUACGUGGCAACGCCAACAUUGAUCGAGAAUUUUACGAAAUUGUCGAAGGUCAAGUGGGAACGGCUGCAGCCACAUCGAUGCUCAAAAAUCCCGACAGUGAGCGAACGGGUGAUUUGAAAGAGAAGUCCAAGGAUGCUGCCGAGCUUUCAGGCGACGAAGAUGACGAGGAUGGUCACCGCGCGGAAGAUGCUAUGGUGGCUCCCGACGUCAGUGCCCGUGAAUCAAUGUCGAUCAAGGAAAUCUUCACAGAUUCUGUAAUGCAGCGUAUUGCUAUGACAGUUAUCUGUCUCCAUAUGAUCCAGCAAUUGAUCGGUAUCAAUGCUGUGAUGUAUUAUUCCGCCACCAUUUUCGCUUCCAUGUUCGACGCCAGAAUGUCUCAGUACAUGGCGAUUGUUACAACAAUUGUCAACUUCUUGAUGACGAUUGUUUCCCUGUUUGCUAUGGAUCGCAUGGGCCGUCGACCCUUGUUGAUGAUUGCCGAAGUCGGUGCUUGUAUCUUCUCGGUCCUCCUUAUCAUCGGUUACCGUUUCAACAUUGGUGCUUUGCUCGUCGUUUCUGUGUUCGGAUACGUCGCUUCUUUUGCUAUUGGUGUGGGUCCGAUCCCUUGGUUGAUCACGUCGGAAAUUGCGCCAGUUUAUGCCUCGUCUGCUAUUGGCGCUAUUGCUACCACCAUGAACUGGACCAUGAAUUUCGUCAUUGGUCAGAUUUUCCCCAUCAUCUUUGCCAAGAUCAAGGGUUAUUCUUUCGCCAUCUUUGCCACCGUGGCUGCGUUUGCUUUUGUCUUUACCUACUUCUGUCUGCCUGAGACCAAGAACCGAUCGAUCGAAAAUAUCGUCCGAGGUUACGAGAAGUUCCGAAAGUAGAUUCACCCAAUUCUCGAACCGAAAAAGAGAAAACAAAAACAAUCAAACGAACCAAUAAAAAACAAAUUCUGUUUAUCUUUGUAACAAUAGCA